GCUGCAGUAGCUGAGAUCACCAGGACUGUCUCCCUCCAGGCUGUUCCUUUCCCCUCCCCCCUUAUUCUGCAAGUCACUGGCACUGGGAGAAACUUAUUCACACUGCUGGCAUGAAGUGGGGGGCAUGGAGGGAUUAAAGAGGUCCCUUCUCCUGGAAAUUCUCACCGGGCUGGGACACGACGAGCUCCAGCGAUUUAAGGAUGGGCUGGGUGAAGUUCAGCUGAAGGAGGGGCAGGAACGUGUCCCUGCAGAGAGGCUACAAGAUGCUUCUCCAGCCCAGCUUGUGGACCUGCUCAUCAGCUUCUAUGGGGAGCAUGAGGGUGCAGAGGUGACUGCAGCUGCCCUGAGAGCCACGGGCCAGGAAGCCCUAGCAGAGAGACUCAUGGAGACCCCACAAGCUGAUAAUGAUUUAAUUCACAUGGAGGAACAUACUUUUGAGAUAUCCAAUAUUUUCUCUGCUGAAAAGUCAGACUAUACCUGUCUCCUUUUACCUAUGAUGGAACAACGGAAACUUAUUCAGAUCGCUGACUGCAGUGUGAUACUUCCAGACUUAGAUCGUGUCUUUCUCAUGGAUGAGUGUUAUUCUGAGAAGCCGAUUAUUCAACCCGCUAAAGAUUCAGACAAUGAUCUUCCAACUAGGAUACGUGCGUGUGCUUCUGAGAUGCCUACUAUUCUCUCCACUGAAGAUUCAGGCCAUUGUCUUCCACCUCCCAUAGAUGUGAGUGCCUCUGAGAUGAUGUCUACUACUGAUUCCUACAAAGAUUCAGUGAAAUUUCAGAAGCUGGUUUUGGGAAACCAAGUGUGUUGUUCCCCAUCUUCACACCAUCUGGGGACAGCAGCAGGUGGGCCCUCCCUUUCUCACCAGCUCCCUUCACACAACAAGGCACAUAGCCCUCCUGCAAGGAAAUAUGGUAACCUGAAGCUUCAGACAUCCCACAUUUCCCAUAUGCCUACAGCCACUCCUUUUCCCCAGCACAAAGUUCCCCUCGGCCUGGUUACGUGGAGUCUUGUUCUCUCCUCUGCAGUGAGACAAGAGGAUGGGGCUGGAGUAGGUUCUAAUACAGGCCAGAGGAGAAAGCUCAUGUGUCAAUUAUGUCAGACAGAGGAGGAUAUUUUUGAAGAAGUAAUGCCAGAAAUUGUUCCAGGUCCAAAGAGGUAUCAGCAUACAUACAGGGUUCAUUUCACCAGGACAGGUUCAUACCGAUGUUCUGAAACAGCUCUGGGCUUCGAGGUGAGGGCAUCGGUGGCCAUUGAGUACAAAUGGGAAUCCUGGAAGCGGCAUCUGAAUCCACAUCAGCUGCAGGGAUGGGAUGUUGCUGGCCCCUUGUUCAACUUCCAAGUGGAGCCAGCUGGGGCCAUAGCAGCCAUUCACCUCCCGCAUGUCGUGUGCCUCAAAGGUGGAGAGGUUGACAUUUCCCUCAUGUAUGUUGCUCACAUCGUUAAUGGGGAGCUGACCCUGGAGAAGCCGACGAGAGUGAAGCCGUUCUAUGCUGUGCUGGAGAACCCCAGCUUCUCCUGCCUGGGCCUCGUUUUCAGAUAUUUAUUUAAGCAUAUUCCAGUCCACUCCAAGGUGCUGCUGUAUCAUGCUGCCAUGAGUGCCCCCACAACCCUCCACGUCUACGUGAUUCCCUGUGAUGAUUCACUAGAAAAGGCUGUGGAAGAACAUGAGGAGAAGUACAAUGCAGUGCUCCUAAACAAGCCUCCUCAGAUGGAUGAAGCCCUGUACGUUGACAGAAAUUACUCCGUGGCCAGUUCUCCAAACACAGAGAUACUACCUAAGAAACUCAAGUUCUGUUAUCCAAACCAAGAGAGGUUGCAGCCCUUCAUUGAAGUCUAUACCAGGGACAUGAAGAUGGGCAUCAAGCUCCAUAUCACAGAAGUUUCUUCUACUGAAAUUCUCUGGGAGACCACAGUGAGAGUAGAGGAUGUCCAGCGAGCCCGCUCAUCACCUGAGGAACAAGCAGAUCUACAUUUCAUUGACAGACAACGAAAGCAGCUGAUCCAGCGUGUCACCGGCAUGGAUGCCCUCCUGGACAAACUCUACGGGCUCCUUUUAGAUGAGGAGCAGUACCAGAGAAUCAGGGCUGAGGCCACCAACCAGGACAAGAUGCGCAGGUUGUAUGACCUGGUGCCCAGCUGGAACAGGGCAUGCAAGGACCGCCUCUACGAGGCCUUGAAAGUCCAACACAAGCACCUUGUGGCAGAACUGGAGAGGCAGUGAAGUUGCAUGCACUUGUGGCUGCAUUAUGUGCUGGUACCUGGAGAUUCUGGGAGGGUACCACCAGCAUGCUGGAUGCUAGGGGUGGGCUUGGUGCUAGGGGUGAGGGGAUUUUUUUGUGUUCUUUAUAUCUAUUUUUUUUUUGAGAUGCAUGGGAGGUCUGUGAUUGUGUGAACAGGCAUACACAAGGGACUCACACAAGGUCUAGUUCAGGUAAUGUGGAAGUGGGGAGUGGAGCUGUGCUGUAGGCACUGGGAGGAUCUGUAAUGGUGGGGAAGCAUGACAGAUUCAGGCCAUGUUUCUGGUAUCUGAUGCCCUCAGUGGUCAGACCUGCCUGCCCAUUCUCCCCAACUUCCCUUUACCUCCUAUCUCUCACCUUCCACAAUCUAAUCUUACAGUAUUUACCUGGGGAGUCCACCUCCAGAGACUGGGGUAGCCUUUGGCUGGGUGCCUUUCCUCUGUGUACAGCCCUGGGGGCUUCUGUCUCCAAGCUCCAUAGGGUGGGUUUCCCCUCUAAGGCAGCCCCAGUUGUGCCUUAGAAACAAUAAUUGUGACCUCCAGACCCCCAUCAUCACACCUCUCAAAUGUUACUCAGUUUUUGGGGAAGUCUUUGGUCCUGACUCUGCACUCAUCCCCUCAUGACUCAAAUCUUUGUUGGGGCUUCAUCCCCCUUUUUUUUUGCCUGCCCCCACCCUAGCCCAAGGUCCACUGUACUAGACCUCAGCUUCUGGGCCCCAGUCCUGGCCUCAUUGUGUAUGGUAAGAUCAUUUGCUUGCUUGCUUUCUAUAAUUGUCAUAUGCUGCUACUGUGCAUCAAUAAAGGUCUCCAAGUUAUCAACAGGAUGUGUUGCGAUAGGUCAUUUGGAGACUGUAACAAGGUAGCCUCCUUGUCAGGUCUUUGCUGGCCACCCUACUCCUGGGGUAACCUCCCACUCACUCUCCUGCCAUGCCUUGAUGGAAAAAUACAAGAGUUUGCUAUGCCCAUAGGCUGGAGAAGUAACAUCAGAGAAACAUCUGGAAGGCAUGGGACCCGGGGAGGGGAGGGGAGGGAAGGGGAGGUCAGAGCAGGUAUUAGGCCCUUGUCAGCAGGAUGAGCAAUGGGUAGCCUUCCGCCUUAGUAAAAACCCCAAAACCUUCUCCCUCUUCCUUAUGGCUGAAUAUUUGGACUUACUUCAGCCUCUCCUGUAAUUUUCCUUCAAGCUCUUCAUCAUUUUGUCACCCAACUCUUGACUCUCUGGACACAGUAUCCAGAUGAGGCCUAACCAGUGCCAAGUAGAGAGGUAUUAUCACGUCCCAUGUCUUGCACCUCAUGCUUCUAUUAAUGCAGCCCAAAACCACAGUCAUCUUUUGAGCAGCUGCAUCACACUCAUAUGGAGUCUGGGGUCUACAAAGACUCCCAAGUCCUUUUCCAAAGACUUGCCACCCAGCCAGGUGUCCCCCAUUUUAUAUUUGUGUUUUUGAUUAUUCUUUCUGAGCUGCAGCACCUUACCUUUAUUUCAUCCUGUUAACUCCAGCCCAGAGGCAGAUUAAGGUGUGCUGGGGCCCUGGGCAAACACAAAAUUGAAGGCCUCCUCUCCCCAGGGGUGCUGGGUUGCAGUGGAGGAAGGUGUCUCUUCCUCUCCUGGUGCUGCGGGGAGAGGCUGGGUGGACCCUGCUGGGCUGGAGCGGGGGCACAUGCCCGCCUCUUCUCCCUGCUCCCCACUCCCCUCCUCUGCUAUGGCCCAAUGUGCACACACACAGGCAUACACAGAUGGGUGUGCACUCUAUUCUCACUCACUCUGCCCAUGGGCACACAGGCACAAACACACUCUGCCUGCUAUGAACACAGGCACACUCGCACACACAGAAGUGCACACAGACACACACACACAGACUCACACACAGAUGCAGACAGGCACACAC